AUGCCUAGACAUAAGAGUCAAUUUUAUUCUACACGUUCAACCACAACGUCUUCUGGACAGUCUUCAAAUAAUUAUGACGACUAUUGCUCAGAACAACAAAGUUCAGUGUCACCAUCACAAAGAGACUUUACUGCAGCAACUACCACUACCACUACCACUAAUACCCGGAAUAAAGAAAAUCCGAAAUGGUUUUCUUCUCUUUCAUUUAUUCCUUCUUCCGUACCACGCCGAGUGCUCUCUUCUUCUAUAGUACAAGUUGCUUCUCUUGUGAUGAUAUAUUCCUUAUGUAUGACGUUCGUUAUGAUUAUAUUCUGUACUUCAUACUUUCUUACAUUUUAUGAUAAUACCCGGAGAACCAUCAAAACAUCACGAGUUUGGUCACAAAUAAAAAGUGGUAUAAGAAACCGAGCUUCUAUGUUAGGUGGAGAUUGGGAAGAAUUUUUACAAAAAUAUUUUGAUCAAUCAAGGGAUGGAUUCGAUGUGAAUAGAAAUGGACACCUUGGUGGUUUUAGUAAUCAAAAGAAUUUUAAUGGUAAUAAUAAUUCAAAAGAUAAAGAAUGGGAAGAUUGGCUUAAAAAUACGAUGUUUAAAUUUAUGACAGUAGUUGUGGGACAAGAGAUUUCAAAUAAAUUUCAACAAACAACUCAAUCAUCAUCAUUUUGGGCUAAACAAACUACUCCUAACGCCAAUAGAAAAUGA